AUGACUGAUGAUUCUUUUCCAUUAGUUCCAUCUUCUGAAACAUCAUCAUCGUCGUCGUCAGAAGAAAAGAAAUCAUCAUGGAAUUUCGAUGAUUUACAAGAUGAAGAUGAAUCCGAUAGUUCGAAUGAUUUUUUUUCAGUACUUAAAAGAAAUGUUGCCAAGCAUGUUUAUCACAAUGAAGAAAUUAAGAAUGGCAAUUGUUUAUCAAAUAAAACAACGGAACGCUCAACAAUUCGGGUGGAUACUAGUGAUCUAAUUUCACGUUGUAAAAAUUUUCUUCCAAUAUUAACCAAUGCCAAUCGAACGUUAUUUUCCAAAAUUAGAUCUGGGGAAAAUGUUCGUAUCGAAUUGGACUCGGAUCAAGAUAAUGAUGACAAUGAAACAGCAAUCGAAAUGAAUUUAAUGUUUUGUCCUAACGUUGAUACAUCAAUGGAUUCAGAAGAAAUUUCCGAUGAAAGUGAUGAUGAUCAAACAAAAAUAACAACAUUGCAAUGUAUUAAGAAAGACAAACAAGUUAGUAUUAUCGAAAUUCAAUCAACCAGUAAUAAUAAUAAUAAUAAUAAUAAUAAAGGUGAAAAAUCAGAAGAAAUUGUUAACACGUGA